UUUUUCUUUAUAGCAGCUAGUUUUGAGGCCGGUAAAGUCAAUAUUGCUGCAGCGGGCGGAAGCUUAUUCGCUUGCAAGCAGAUCUCCUUCACUCAACCUUUCCCGGGUGGAAAAGAAGUGAAAGUCUUAGCCUCAUUUGGCCACGCAGUUAACAACUCAGCUCAUUCUAAUGGUGCUGCUAUUUGGGUGGAAUCGGAGGAUGCAAACCAUUUCCGCGCUUGCGUCUAUGAAUACAGCGACGGAUCAAACAAAACCGCGGAAUUUAAUUGGGUCGCCAUGCAAUCUGCACCGUCAGGGGCGCAGUUAGGAACAACCCUCUUGGACUCCUGGACUACUGGGACAGAAUGCAAAAGGAUCGACUUUCCCCAGGUUAGCUUUUGUUGUCGUUGUUGUUGUUUUUGUCUGUUUGGUUAAUACUACGAUAAAAUAGUGACGAGAUAAAACCCAAUACAACAAAUAACAUUAUUCGCCGCAGCGACUCCGGACGUAAAAACUAAGGGAUUAACCCUUUAAGCCCUAAGAGUGAUCAGCAUCAAUUUUCUCCUUGUAAUAUCAGUGCUUUGUAAAACAGUGUGGUCAUGAGAAUUAAGGACAUGAUCAUACAAGAUGAAUAUAACUGAUACUUAAACAAAUUCUCUCACACACACGAGAAUUUGAAUUUUGAUGUUGGGGUUUAAAAGGUUAAAACGGUGAGGGAUUUUCUGCGAUCGAGCAGGGGUCGAGGUGGGCUGGCUUAACAGCGAAGUGAAGUUUAAAAGGAACUCUACUGUAAGCCAGGAAAAUGGGCAGCUCCAGAUUUAUUUACCGAAGUGGAUUAAAUGGUUUCAUUUUAUUGCUUUUGACUGCGCGAUUUAUUAACCCCUUAAACCCUAACAUCAAAAUUCAAAUUCUCAUUUGUUAUCCCUAUACGUUUUCAAUAGAAGUAGCGGGGAGAAUUUGUUGACGUAUCAAUUAGAUUCAUCUUGUGUGAUCAUGUCCUUAAUUCUCAUGACCACUCUGUUUUAUAAAACAGUGAUAUGACAAGGAGAAAUUUGACGCUGAUCACUCUUAGGGCUUAAAGGGUUAAUCUUGCUUGAGAUGUUUCGAUGUACAACAAUGUUCUUGUGCAUGCAUGACGCCAAGUUUAUAUACGGAAUUCGGCCACCCCGGCCUUAGCCGUAUCGGGAAAAUUGGGACAGAUGUCAAUCCACAAAAUAUGUUUUGUUUUUAGCUGUUUUAUGACAUAUUUUAAAAUAACAUUUAUGAAUAUGAAGUUGACACUAGACACUGAGACCUUGAAAUCUUAGCCGGAUGUUUGAUGUUUAAAUAACCCUUUCAAGACUAAAUUUAAGGCUGUUGAUAUACUGUCUUUUAUCAAUUAUACAAACUUCAGGAUUUUGGAAUUAGGAGGGUUAUUAAAUGUUGAUCGACAUUCCCGUUUUUUUCUCAUGUUUUCGGUCUUAAAGAGAUAAAUGCAUAAAAAAUAAAACGUUUUUAACCAUUUUUUAAAUCGAAGGAAUAUUGCCAUUUACUGUGUGCCCCUUGGCAAAUUUCGCUAAAAGUUAAUCUGGUAAUCCCUCCAUAAACCAUUUCAAGGUAAACAUAAAUAAUAUUAUCAGAAAACAAAAUGUAAUUUCAUCUUCACAUUACUGGCAUUUCUGGUAUUUUAUGUUGUUUUGGAAUAGUGUCUACUUUUGACGCUUUUCUAACAUCGAAUAUGGUCAACGGAAGACGGCCAAAAGUUCAUGGAAGUAUUAUUUUAAACUUUUUUUCCGGUCACGUGAACUAUAAGUGUACAUUUCCCGCAUUAUUUACACCAAGUGACUUAAGAGGCUUCAAUUAAACUUCCACUUCAAUUUUAUCAAUACUUAUCCAUAAAAACAUAUUCCAAUGAACUAUCCCUUUGAUUCAAUUUACAAGCAAUCACUCAUUCUAUUUAUAGUCAACACUACUGGUCAUUCAUUAAUUCCUAUUUAUACGCUAAUCUACUUAUUGUCAAUUAAAUGUAGUAACUGUAUCCUGUUGUCUUGCCAGGAGCGAAGCGUUCAUAUCCGCACACACGCCAGUGCGUACAGCUGAAAUCUGUUUUAGUACCUGAAAGCACUUUAUCCGAUAAAACCGGGAUGACAGAUAUAUUUUUUUUUUUGCAUUAUAUUGGAGUCCCUGUUUUAGUAUUUCCUUCAUCCUUAUUGUUCUAUCAACGGCUUACUGCAAGAAACGCUAUAGUUGGGUGAGAGAUGAGUGACGGAGCUCUGUUGCAUUUCUGCACAGUCAUAACAAGCACAAGGACGUUAACUGCUAUUGAUAGCGUUGUAACAGAGUUUGCCCGUCUGGACCGUCUGAAGGGUUUAGACGUAUCGCCCUCUGCUUGUAACCUCUUUGAUUGCGUCACUGUUUUACCUUUUUCCCGUUAACAUUGUAUCUUACCGAUAACACUAGAGAGGUGUAAAAAAAAAAAAAAAACAACGGACUACUGCAUUUUUCCUCCUUAUUUAUUUGCUGAAAGUGUUCCGUGAAAAAACGUAGGAAAUGGCGUUUCUGGGUCCCUAAAUUAAUUAUCUUUUUUGGCGGGAGCAUGCCCAUGCCUCUCCUAGUUUGGAGCGCCUUCGGUGCAUUAACUUUCCUUCCCGCGUGCGUACACCUUCAGAAUCUCACACCAUUCCAACUACCUUGUCUGCUUGCUAAAAUUCCUCAUUUAUAAGUUCGUUCUGAUUUCUUUCUAGCGUUUCCAGUCCCUUCCAACUAUACUUGUGACUCCUAGUCACCAGGUUCCAGAGCGACCUCAGGAUGCCAUGGCCGUGUGGGUGGAGGAUUUGACCCAAAGCAGUUUCAAAAUUUGCCUCCGAGAAGUAAAGAUUUUCGACGGUUUUCAUCAGAAUAUUAAAGUUGUGAGUAAUUUUGACAGAGCUUGCCUAUUAUUAAAUUCCAAGUUCUUCACUUUAAAGCAAAUAAACCCUUCUAAAAUGUCUCUUUUAAACAUUAAAAUGUUCUGUUACUAUUAUAACCGGUUCUUGGUGUUCAGAUGGUGGCGGGGAGCGAGUUAAAUCGUACGCCUGCGCCCUACAAUCUGAACGCCUGGGACACUCAGGCUAUAUUUCUAUGCUAUAAAUGGAGACGUAUAGGGCGAGAUGUAAGAGUUGGUCACCAACUAAUAAAGUAAAUUGUUUAGUUUUGACUACUGGUAAAGACAGGAGAAGUAUAACCACUACCCACUUUUCUGUUCGGCGGAUCUUCAAUAUUCUUCUUCGUUUUUGAAACGAAAAAGCUUAAAUUACCAGGGGCUCACUCAGCCUGCUGGGGACACUUAUUUGGCUAAUUCACUAGUGAAAAUGAUAACCCGAAUUCCUUUUUCGUAUGUUCUUUUAAGCAGAACUGGAUGGCAUUUACCAAUUUGAGGGUUCAAAAUUUUACUUUGGCUGAUAGUUUGGCGUUUACCAACAACAGAUCGUUAUCUCGAUCGCAAGAUAACUUCGCCCUUUGUCAGGUAUACGUAAGAAGUUAAAAGGUAACAUUUUUAAAUUGCACUGCUUUGCAAUGUCCAUUUGUAUUGCAUUCGUUCUCUUAUAACGGAAUGUGUCUGAGCGUAGCUUGAUAUUAUUGUUAGUUUGUUGGUUAAUUGUGUGUUUGCGUGUUCGUUUGUUUGCAACAUAGCUGCCCAAAUACUUCUUUUAAAUAAUUCAUUGUUUUUCUUUACCAGAACAUCACCUUCACAGAUCCGUUCUUUGCCCCUCCGGUGGUGUUAGUAACACCAAAAUACAUUUACAGUGGCAACAAUUUGCUUUCUGGUUGUAACGCAAUCACCACCUGGGUUGAGGUAAGAUUGUUCUUUCUUUACUGUAUCAUUGUUAAGUGCAAAAAAUGCACCUCCUGAUGAUAAAAAAGCUUGUUCAUGUUACAUGUUCAAGAAUUUUUCAUUAAGGUAUGAGAUCUCGGUGCACCCCAUGUUAUAUAUAUUAGAAUAUACGAGAUUUAUAGGACGCAAAUUAGACCAUACUGGACUGCAUGAUUAUUAUAAGAAAAAAAAAAAAGAAAAAAGAAAAUUAAUCGAAUAUUUUAUUUCAUUAAAGAAUUCAACCAAAACAGAUACAAAGAUCUGUGUACGAAACUACGAUAGGAUCAGUAACAAUACCAUUAAAGUCGACUUCCUGAUUAUUGGAGGUAUGUAAAAAUACUUACUUAGUACAAAGAAAUGAGAAUAAAAAGUGCUGUUUGUCAUUUAAGAUAACCAGGCAGAUCCGUUUUAAAUUCAAGCCUUUAUAGUUACGCGCACGGUUGUCCAGUACUCACAAAUAGACUCCAUUGGUGUUAGUGGUGAUAAGAAGGGUCUUCAUUGGUACCAAUGGUACGAUUGGUACCAAUGGAAAAGUACCCUAUUCCAAUGGUUCUGUUGGUGAAUAUGCAUCUCAUUAAGGGGACUUAGAUUAUUUUCUUAUCUGGUCUAGCUGGGUACAGGGCAAUUCGAAUGGUCCAUUGGUACCAAUGGUACGAUUGGUACCAAUAGAAGAGCACCCUAAUUCAAUGGUUCUAUUGGUGAAUAUGCAUCUUAUUAAGGGGACUUCGAUUAUUUUCUUAUGUGGUCUAGCUGGGUACAGGGCAAUUCCAAUUCAUAAGAAUUAUAGCGCGUUUCUGCUUGGUGUAAAAGCGAACUUGUUUUGCAGCAAUAGAACCAUUGGAAUGGCAUUUUCUGUUGGUACCAAUCGUACCAUUGGUACCAAUGGACGAUCGGAAAUUGCCCUGUAAUGUAAGUCCCCUUAAUGAGAUGCAUAUUCACCAACAGAACCAUUGGAUUGACAUCCUUUUCCGUUUGGGACCAAUCGUACCAUUGGAACCAAUGGACCAUCGGAAAUUGCCCUGUACCCAGCCAGGUCACAUGGGAAAAUAAUCAAAGUCCCCUUAAUGAGAUGCAUAUUCACCAACAGAACCACUGGAAUGACAUCCUUUUCUAUUGGUACCAAUCCUACCAUUGGUACCAAUGGACCAUCGGUUUGACGAAUCGUAUCCGUUUGUGUAUAUUGGACAUGUGUGGAGGCACAAACGUACCUUACUUUAAAGCCUGCGAGGCCGGCGCAAGAAAGGAGAUUGUCCCCACGUGCGCCCUCGUGCGGCACACCCCGACCAAGAAUUUCUCUACGAAAGACCCCCCGAGAAUUAGAGCUUAUGUGUAAUGGAAGAGCAGCCUGGUGGAAACACGUGACCAACUAUUGAAAAAGGCCUAUUCUAUUGGUCCUGGUUAUAUCUGGCUUCUUGUGUUAUGUUUGUGAGAUUUAGCUAGCGUUUAUUGAAUGACGCACAGGAUAAAUUUUCCUGAAAAAUCGGUGCGUCAGGAAAAAGGUAUAGGCCUAGAUAAAUUUGUGCAAUUAAGCAUUUAUGUAAACUGUAUCUUUCACUUUGCUGUUGUUUUUUCAUCGAGUUUAGACUUAUGUGAAACGCGAUUUUUGUACACUCCUACUAGAUCUGGAUCCUUGUCUGGACGUAACCUGUGAUUACCACUGUCUUUGUAAGGCUUUUGGACCAUACGAUGCCCGCUGCGUGCACGCAGAAAACUGCCCAUCCUACCAAGAGCCCAUAUGUUCCUCCAACGGAACGACGUUUGAUAAUAGGUGUCUCUUUGAACAGGAAAUGUGUCUGUUGCGACUCAACUACACUAUCCAACAUCCCGGUGGUUGUGAAGGUUAGCAACUCAGUAUGCUGCUCAUUUAUUAGUUUCUAAAGACUUUAUCUGAAACAUCAGAUUUAGACGUCUGUCAACUGCAAGCAUUUUAGGAGAAAACUCACACCAACACCUACACUAAUCAUUUAAGCAUUCAAUGAAUAUAGCUACGUUUUUGUUACUGCUUUCAUUUUGUUCUAUAUAUUUACCAUAAUUUAAUGAUUUUUGUUUUGUUUUGUUCUUUUUGUUUUUUAUUUCCGCUUCUUUUUGUCAGGGUUCCCAUUUCAGCGCGGUCGAAUUCACAUGCCCCACAUACCAUCUUUGGGAUACUCUCAUUGCCAAGCUGUUCGUUUCCGACCCUUUGUAUUCUAUCCUGACAAACCUAUCCAAGUACAGAUAACUGUCAAUCACAUCGAUACCAGUGACAUGACAUAUGUCCACGAUGCUGCUGUGUCGUGGAUUGAAGAUGUAAGUUACGAACAAUUCACUGGGUGCAUGAUGGCGGCAGGGUAUAACGAGCGCAAGUCCAGUGCUAAUGUGUCCAUAGACUGGAUAGCUUAUCAGGGAGCUCCAGUGGGUGGGGUCACUGGAGAGGUGCGCAUGUCACAGUGGUGGACUGGAACGACUUGUAAGACCGUGAGUUUCCCUUCGGUAAGUCAGCAGAUCUUUUCAAAACGCAUACCUAAUGCUUAACUACUUCUGACUACGACGACGACGACUAACAGUAUCACUCGCUAUCACUACCCCAACCGGGCUUCCAUCAUAGGUCUACCAUGAAAAUAUAAAGCAAAUAGGUGACUUUUUACAAUACGUUUUCUGGAUAGUUCAUUGAAAAAUUGUUUAAAAGACCUCUUUGGCUCGUAUAUUUUGUUUUCCCAUUUCAGAAUACGAGAGGUUACCUCAUCAGAACUAUUUUUUUUUUUUUUCAAAUGUCGUCCUUUUCACUGGUGCAUAUCUGAGCAUAACGUUGGGAUCUUUAUUGUGAAAACAAGAAUGCAAGCUGAAAAGGUUGAUCUAUUUCCCUUACAUCAAAGGUCAAUGUUUUACUAGUUUUGUAAGUAACGUCAAAAAGACUAUCGGAUUAUGAGACAAAUGGACUAGAUUAUUUAUUGCUCGGAUUUGUAAUGCAAGCUACACUUCAACCCAGAGAAGUUACCAGACAUUAGAAGAAAGGGCUCAAGGUCUGUUAUAUGAAAUGGUAUAUGAAAUGACACGGACCAUUUUGUCAAGAAAAAUACAUUAAAGUGGCAGUUAGACGCUAUCAAAGCGUAUUUUGCUUUACCUCAUUGCCUGUUAUUCCUAUACUUAAUUUUGUACCAUUUUCCAAUCAGGGCAAGUUUUCAAAGGAUCCUUUAGUGUUUGCUACCGCAGAACAUCACCGUGCCGGACUGAAGAGAGACGCCGCCAGUAUUUGGUUAGAGGACAUCACACAAUCUUCUGUCAAAAUAUGUUUACGGGAACUGCAAAAUUACGCUGGCUCCCACGAGGACAUUUAUGUUGUAAACAUUUAGGAUAAUUUCAUCACAACUUAUUAAUAUAAUUACUGAUUCAGUUUCAGUUUGAGAUAGAUUGAGAAUUAGCUCUGAGGUUAGGACCUGUACAGCCAAGAUCCCUUUCGACCACUUUAUAGUAACCGUAAAAGUGUAAAAAUGUGUAAAACUGUAACUAAACGGUUUUAUUUGAAGGCGCGUUUUUCAAAAUUGCAAGUGAUGUUCGACUUUGAGAACUGAAUGGUAACUAACUGGAAGAAUUCAUGUAUGUAAAUGAAUCAAAAAGAGUGGGCUUGUAUUAAAGUCUUCCUUUCAUUUCUACCCUGCUUGAGUGAAAUAGUGUUUUUAACAUUAAAAUAUUCGCGCAUAAUAGGGGCUAUCAACCUUUAGCCUCUGACGCCACAGUUUGUUGCUGUUUACAACUAAUAACUCAGGGGCUUCUAGUAACAGUUUCCAUAUGAAUAUAAGGACUAGUUGGACGAUGACUUCCAAACAAGGAAAGUCAUGUAACACUUAGUCUCACUUCCAGUAACUGAGAAUGUUCGCCUAAUUUGGUCAAAGUUUGCAGCUUCAGCUUCAAAUUACAUGUUACUGUGUACAUGUCCGUCUUAGUGAAAUGUUCAUCUUAACAGGGCGUACGCCUAAAGAGAGGCAGGGGCCAACUCCAGGUGUCCCUUUAAAGAGAUGCCCGUCUUAUAUAGAGAGUCAAAUAAUAUGUCUGAAGAACAAAAGGGACCAACUCUAGGAGCCCGUUUUGGGGAGGUGUCCGUCUAAAAGAGAGUCAAGUAAUAUGUCUGAAGGACGGCAGGGAUCAACCCUAGGUUUCUGUCUUAAGGAGGUGUCCUUCUUACAGAGUCAAAUACUGCUGAGGAACGGCAGGGACCAACUCUUGCUUACCGUUUUAGGAGGCGUCCGUCUUAAGUCAAACACUGUAACCGAAGAAUGGCAAGGACCAACGCUAGGUUUCUGUUUUAGGGAGGUGUCCGUCUUACAGAGUCAAAUACUGUAACUGAAGAAAGGCAGGGACCAACUCUAGGUGCCCUUUUUAGGGAAAUGUUCGUUUUAAAGAGAGUCAAACAAAUUAAAACGACAGAAGAAAGGCGGGGGGCAGCUUAAGGCGUGUCCGUUUAAGGUUUUACUGUGUACAUGUCCGUACGCGUCUUAGUGAAAUGCUCAUCUUACAGGGCGUAUGCCUGAAGAGAGGCAGGGACCAACCCUAAGUGCCCCUUUAAAGAGAUACCCGUCUUAUAUAGAGAGUCAAAUUUGAAUAAUAUGACUGAAGAACGGUAGGAGCCAACUCUAUGUCUCCGUUUUAGCGAGGUGUCGCUGUCCUUUAAGGGUAUCCUUUAGAGAGGGAGUUGAUUGUAUUAUUUUGAAAUUCAUUUUGUUUUAGAACUGGUUGGCGUUUUCUUCACUUCACAAGCCUCUUUUUGCAGAACACGAUUCUAUUUAUUUUGCAAACUCUGGGAUUCCUCCAGCUGAUCAUAACAAUGCUUUCUGCAAGGUCAGUUAUCACUGUCUUAUGUCUGUCCUUCCGUUACUGUUUUACCUGUCUGGUGACUGAUGAACAUGAAAGUAUCCUUUCUUUUAACUUACUUUUUUUAAUUUUGUUUUUAGGAUAUUCACUUUAUCAGGGUGUACAAUAUUGCCCCGACUAUCUUCGUGUCAUCGAACCANUUUUGAAAUUCAUUUUGUUUUAGAACUGGUUGGCGUUUUCUUCACUUCACAAGCCUCUUUUUGCAGAACACGAUUCUAUUUAUUUUGCAAACUCUGGGAUUCCUCCAGCUGAUCAUAACAAUGCUUUCUGCAAGGUCAGUUAUCACUGUCUUAUGUCUGUCCUUCCGUUACUGUUUUACCUGUCUGGUGACUGAUGAACAUGAAAGUAUCCUUUCUUUUAACUUACUUUUUUUAAUUUUGUUUUUAGGAUAUUCACUUUAUCAGGGUGUACAAUAUUGCCCCGACUAUCUUCGUGUCAUCGAACCAUACAUCUACUGGUGGAAACCAGGAUCCCAUGCACAAUUCAAUUACCACUUGGGUUGAGGUAAAUUAACAGGAACAACUAGGCGAAUAUUAAAGAAAUGAAUUUACAAAGGACGCAAGCUAAGGCAAAAGACACAAGAACUUACGUGUAACAUGCAUGACUUGCCGACAUAGGAAAAGGAAGCUUAAUAAUUUAUUCAGUUUUAUACUCAGGUUUUUUAGGCCCACGAUAAACAUUUAAACGUCACAAAUAUAUCUCUGGCUGCUUACUUGACCAAACUACGCCGUAUAAUACGAUCGACUGCCAAAAAUGCUAUGUCAGCUGCUAUGUCCCCAAAUGGCCGCCAUUUUGGAUUUGUCAUCUUGGUUUGCAAAAUUGUAUGGGAAUAUUUUUGCAAACGGAUCAUUAAAACCUAACCCUAAAAUUCUCAAUUUGCAACCAUGCUCAUAAACUGUUGCCACAGCAGCACAUACAAUUGGAUGUAAACAAAACAUGGCGCUAAAAAUGGCCCUGAAGGUAACAGAUUUUAGUAGUUGUAGCUGUUGAAAGUCUGAGCACGUUCGGUCGCCUUCUACUCUCCCCUUCCGGUCUGGACAGAGUUGAAAAUGUUUUACUAUACAUUCUUACUUGUUGCUGUUGUUUUUGGUUGUUUGUAGUAUAAUUUGUUAUUCUUUAUAUAAAAAAACCUUAUCAAAGUAUCGCAGAAGGCACACACAACACUUCCAAAUUACCUGGAUCAAUAGAGCGAACGUUUUUGUAGUCAAACGACCGUGACGACCGUUGUAUUAGAGGCCAAAACCACAUGCAGCUUAAUUUUUUUUUCAGUACAUUAACACAACAGGCGCCCGAGUUUGUUUAAAAGAACUGUACGAAUCCAAGUAUGACCCGCUUUCCGUAUCAUACACUGUAUUGUCAGGUAAGAAGUGGUGGCUUUCAAAAGGGAGUGUUCAUGAAUCACUAGCGGGGAGAUCUAUUAAAAAGUCUAAGUCAAGGGUCAAAAGAUAUUGACCUAGCCUGCAGUGCAGGGGUUUUCUUUUAGCGCGCAAUUUGCUCACGAAAGCGCCAUGUUGAAACUUCCCGAAGAGAGGAGGAGAUGGGGCGAGUCAAAGGAAACGGGGAGGGGGCGGCGAGGGGGCGUGGAGAGAGAAAAGAAAACGCCUGCCCGAAAACACUGUGAAAAUGAGAAACACCCCCUAGUUAGACGCGCGUGACCGCUCUUCCGGAAAUGAGUAGCCGACAAUAACAAAACAACCAAACAGUCGCUCCAGCAGUCCGAAGACUCGCAUCGUCGUAGAAAAACAAGCUGGAGUUUAUCAUUGUCUUUAUCUAGACUGAGUCACAGUGCAAUUCUCCACAGCUGAUGAAGCUUCAGUUUAAGCUGCAAUUCAUUCUUCUAAAUUCACCUCUGUAAAUCGCUAUCCGUGAGAGUUUAACAUCAUGCAAACAAUUUAAAAAACUAACGAGCUGGGCCCAGCGUGAUACAACAUUGCAGGAAAACAUCACAUUCUCGGACUAGAAAGAAAAUCGCUUAGUUAUUCAGAUCCUGAGGCACUUUGGACAAAAAUAAAAAAAACUAACAGCCUUAUUUAGCGACAAAAAAAAGCUUUACGCUUCAAAAGAGGUCCAAGAAAACGCUCUUGCAUCAGAGGGCAAAUCUUGAAGACCAGAAAUUCAAAAACCACAGAAAAUCAAUAAGCGUGUCAUGACCUCUCAGUGUGAAAUAAGCGGCUAAAAUCACAUUUGCUUAGUCAAAACAUAGAACCCUCCAGAGCAUAAUUUACUCGCCAGAAAAAAAUCGUAUUGGAACAAGCAACAUUUUGGCAUGAGGUAAAAGUGGUAUAGGUUUUAGUACUGCGAGCAAAUCUUGUCCUGAUGACCAGUGAAGAAAUCGCUUUGACUUUCUCAUUGCGUAAUACACGCGACAUUCCCAGCCGCUCCAAUUCCAAAAGAUUGACGGAAACGGAAUAAACAAUAUAGAUUUACAGUUAAUUGACAUGCAUCAAUUCACUUCCCUAUGCCGCACCAAUCAGGAGCUCUGUUUGCAAGCGAACGGAGUUUCCCAAAAGAACAAUGAUAUCGGGCAGGCGUAUUUUUUUUCUCCCCUCCUCCUUCCCCCUUCCCUUCUUUCGCCCUCGCACCUACCGUAAGGGUUACUAUUACUACUCUCCCCAAUCUUGCACUGUCAUACAAUCAAAGAUGGUGGCUACAGCAAUACUACGAACACGAACAAGGUUUCGCCCACCCAAAAUACGCCUGCACUGCAGGCUAAUAUUGACCCUCUCUUAAAUUUGGGUUUACAAACUCUAACCCCGCCCAUAUCGUAGGUCAAAACAUCAUGAACCUCCUUUGAGAAAGCUUCUUUUUCAAUCAGUUAUUUAAUUCCAUUAUUGAAAUCAAUUUGGGCAGACUGUGUAACACACUGUCGAUAGCGAUCGCCUAUUUCUUACUUUGCGAUCACCUAUUUCUAAGGCCGUACUUGCAGCGUAAGUAGUGUUGUUCUGAAAUUAAGAGAGUGCACAUCUGAGUAAACAAAUUUGUUAAAAACUGUUAACAAAUAGGAUGUUCGUGCAUUAACAAAAGCUACCAAUAAUGUAUCGGGGAAUCGUCCAACCUUUGGCUUCUUUAAUUUACUAUCUUGCGAUAAGCAAAAUAGAAGAAAAUUUGAAAGUUCUUCCUUUCUUUCAUUUUGGAAAUUUUCCAGACAGUCCCCGUCCCUAUUAUAUGAAACCACUUUGCCAUGCAUAAUAAGCUUACAGACAAAAUAGAUAUACUUGUUUAUAGGUUAAGAUGCCAAAACGUGAGGCGGCUAUCCCAUUUCAAUGCCUUACUCAAGACAUGUACACAUUAUUUUUCCCACAAUCACAAGGGUUAAUAAGGAAUAACAUAUUUUGGUACUCCACGGAUUGCACACAGAGUUGUUUUAGCUCAUGAACUGAAUAUGGGUUGGCAUGUAUGAGAAAUGUAAGUACCUACGAUCGGAACUGGUUCCUGAAAAGGAUUCAGUUUAUUCUGUGUCCUCAAAAUUCUAGAUAUUUGCCACCCAGGAUGGAGUUACUUUGGCGGUUAUUGCUACUUCACAAGUGCCGCAUGCNUUGUUUUAGCUCAUGAACUGAAUAUGGGUUGGCAUGUAUGAGAAAUGUAAGUACCUACGAUCGGAACUGGUUCCUGAAAAGGAUUCAGUUUAUUCUGUGUCCUCAAAAUUCUAGAUAUUUGCCACCCAGGAUGGAGUUACUUUGGCGGUUAUUGCUACUUCACAAGUGCCGCAUGCUCUUCUUGGUUGACCGCAGAAGCCAAUUGCUCGACCAUGAGUUCAAAUCUGGUGACAGUUCACAACCAAGAGGAAAAUGUUUAUGUUCAGCACCGUCACAACGGAGACAGAUCCUGGAUUGGACUCAAUGACCGAAGCGUGGAGGGGUCUUUUGUGUGGACAAACAAAGAGAUAAGUAGUUUUAGGUUCUGGGCUCCAAGACAACCCAACAACUGGAAAAACGAAGACUGCGUUCACACCCUUGGCGCUAGGCAUGGUUACACUUGGAAUGAUGUGCCUUGUGAUAACUGCUACAACUACACUUGUUUUACAGGUUAGUAAAGUAUUGUUUCACAUCAAAAGGAAAUUAUCCUGGAUGAGAAAAGAAUUCUCCCCUUGACUGUUUUAAGAGUACCACGUAGAGCUUUCGGUUUCCAGUCUGAAUGUCUUGAAAGCUAAAAGACGAGUAUUAGUUUUGCGAGACCACAGGCUGGAAGGCGAAAGCUUAAUGUUCUACUCCAAACUGAAUAGUCAAUUUUGCAGAAAACCUGUUAUGCAGGAUAAUUUCUCUUAUAGGAGAUAAACUAGAAAAAUUGUAAUGUGUUGACUCUGCCAUCUUCAAAAGAGCCAAAGCGUGCAUGCGCAAGAGUAAAACAAAUUUGUAAAAACGCGUUGAAAGUUUUUCUUAACAGCAUGCAUGCGGGUUUGAUUUGUUGGAACUUUGCUCGCUUCACUGUGCUUAGAUGGGUGUACAAUUAACUUCCAUACUUUUGACUUCAAUGCUGCUUGUCAAAAUACCGCGGGCUCAUACACCUGUUUUUGUAAAGCCUGAUUUACGGGAGAUGAGAAAAAAUGUUAUGGUAAGAAUAUAAUGAAAAAAAUGACAGUUCAAAGUAUCUUGGCACUUAAAUUUACAAACUUGUGUUAUUACGUUAAAUCUUUGCCAAACAUAUACAUUUUUAUUAGACAGCAGUUACACCUGAAUGGUGCACAAACAUAAAAUCUUAUUUCAUAUGAGUAUUAUUGAGUAAGAUGUAGAAGAGUGUUCUGACAACACUUAAUGCUGGGAUUUCAAAGCUGCGUGUCAAAUACCCCAGCUUUAUGUUGCAUUCUCGCGCAAAUUUAAUGCUUCUAAGCAUACAUGACUUAAAAAUAUACGGCUAUUUCGAGAAGGUUGUCGCAAAAGUGCAAAUCCCGAAAGGUAUUGUGGGUGGUUUGGAAUUCACUGUUCUUCAAAUAAGUUUGAAAGAAUGACACAAGGGGACAUGGACGUACGUUUGCGAGUGCUAAAGGAAAGCAACAAACGUAGGUUCGAUAGCUACAGUGUCAGGAACAGUGUAUUGAUCAUAUCCCAUAUCACCUUUCGGGCUUGCUACUCGCGUGCACAUUUUUUCCGACAACCUUUCUCGAAAUAGCUGUAUAUACAAUCAGAACAAAUACUGCUUACCUCCAUCCAAGACCAACUAAAACUAUUCCUUGGUGAAAACUUGAUAAAAUUGCACUAUUAUCCAAGUAAGGACGCAUAGAAGAGGGAAAUACUUUUCUCUAAGAUAAGACUGGUAAUGAUAUUUUACCCAAUAUAAAACAUUUCAACUGAAAAUGCCCUGUUGCCCAUUCGUGCAAACAAAAAGCAAUUGGAGAUAUUUCCAGGCUUUGGUUACGUUACCGGAAGGUUUGUCGGUUUUCUUUUCAAAAAAAAAAAAAAGCGGCAAUUGACUUGUUUUUGGUACAUUUUGAAAACCGUUUUUAUUUUAUUUUUUUUAGGCUUCAUUAUUUUUUUUUUUUUUUUUUUUUUCUUUUUUUUUGCAGGUUUUUAUAUUUUGUUACUUCCUGUUUNAUUUGGUAGCUCCGGUUUUUCAUAAAUCACAUGGAAGACAAGAAAAGGUCUUUUGAAGAAUUUCUUAACAAGCCUUUGCUUGGUUCUAGACUUAGAUGAGUGUACUUCCAACUCUCAUGCUUGUGACGUCAAUGCUGUUUGUCAAAAUACUGCGGGCUCACACACCUGUUCGUGUAAGGCGAGAUAUACAGGGAAUGGAAAAACAUGUUAUGGUAAGUUAGAAAAUGAAAGAUAAAAUGCCAGUUACAGGAGGUUUGUCUGUUUUCUCUUCAAUUAAGUUACGGGUAUUUUAAAAUCAUAUUAUCACUUAUCCUUCCAUUAAAAAAGACCUGCACAAGAAAGUCAUAUGGCACAUUUUGAGAACCGGUUUUAUUAUAUUUUCUCUUGCCCUCAUUAUCUUUAUUUGUUUGUUGUUGUUCCGAUCGAGUGAAAGUUUUUAAAAUUUGGUAGCUCCGGUUUUUCAUAAAUCACAUGGAAGACAAGAAAAGGUCUUUUGAAGAAUUUCUUAACAAGCCUUUGCUUGGUUCUAGACUUAGAUGAGUGUACUUCCAACUCUCAUGCUUGUGACGUCAAUGCUGUUUGUCAAAAUACUGCGGGCUCACACACCUGUUCGUGUAAGGCGAGAUAUACAGGGAAUGGAAAAACAUGUUAUGGUAAGUUAGAAAAUGAAAGAUAAAAUGCCAGUUACAGGAGGUUUGUCUGUUUUCUCUUCAAUUAAGUUACGGGUAUUUUAAAAUCAUAUUAUCACUUAUCCUUCCAUUAAAAAAGACCUGCACAAGAAAGUCAUAUGGCACAUUUUGAGAACCGGUUUUAUUA